AUGAGCGCUUCACCUCCACCGACUCCGCCUUCAGGACCUGUGCUUGACGAAGAGUGGAGGUUCAAGACCAUGACCUCGCCAUGCGAGUGGAUUGAGGAUUAUCGCCCCGGUGGAUACCAUCCAGUCUUGCUCGGCGACCUCUUCAACGACGGCCAAUACAAGGUCAUCCGCAAGCUUGGUGAAGGGUCUUUUUCGACGGUCUGGCUGGCCCGUGACGAGCGGCAAGUCAAGUCAUACGUCGCACUGAAAAUCCUUGUCGCAGAAGCCUCCGGACAGGCAAGCGAAGUGCGCAUCUUGCAGCACCUAGCAGCUGUUGCUCCAGCAGAGGAGCAACGCUACAUCACGCAACUGCUUGACGAGUUUGAACACCGCGGCCCUAAUGGAACCCAUAAAUGCUUAGUUUUCGAGCCCAUGGGCCCGACUGUCAAUUCCAUGUCCUUGCAAGUGUUGGCGUUUCUCCACUCCAACGGCAUCGCCCAUGGAGACUUUCAGCCUGGAAAUAUGCUCUUUGCUUUGCAAGAUCUCGAAUCAGCCACAGAAGAUCGUCUUCGGCAGGAGGAAGACGUACAGAAAGGAUCAAUCUCGCCUCUGGUGGAAAGGCUGGAUGGUAAACGGGACCUUUGGGCGCCGCGCUAUCUCUGCAUUUCGCAGCCACUAUCAGAAUUUACCUGCUAUGAGGGAGACUUCAAGAUCAAGUUGGCCGACAUGGGUGGCGCCUUCUUUUUGAAUGAGCUGCCGUCGAAAGCAAUAAUUCCGCUUGGGCUACGCUCGCCUGAAUUGAUUCUCACAGGAGACGUGGAUCAAUACGUAGAUAUGUGGAGUUUUGGCUGUCUUGUUUUUGAACUUGUCACCGGGCGGCCUCUCUUCUGUGUACCAGGGUCCGAUUUUGAAGAUGACGACCAUCUGCUCUCUUUGACUGCCCGGCUUGGUGCUCUCCCUAGCAGGCUGUUUAAGUUGUGGAAAACAUCGUCGCUGUACUUUGGAUCAGAUGGGAAGCUUUUCAACAACCAGAUCGGGGGAGUCUCCGAGAACCGAGAGCCACGGGUGGUGCCACAGCAGUCCAUGGAAGAAUUGUUCGACAAGGCGGAGCCUAAUAUUGAUGAAAAGGAAGGCUACCAAGUGAAGAAACUAAUCAGGCGGAUUUUAGACUAUGAUGCUGUAAAGCGACCGUCGGCGGCCGAGCUUUUACUUGAUCCAUGGUUUUGCGCAAUUGAGAUGUAA